AUGCCUGAGCUUGGGCAGAAGCGGAAAUGCUUGGACGGCGCGAUUCUUCCUGACAUGAAGUUUCGACGGAUGCGUGGGAAGGUCCCCAAGAAGCAGCAGCGAGCUCUCGCUUUGGUGCCCUUGCCUUCGAAAUCAGGCAUUAAGGAUGAGCCCCAAGUUGACUUGAAGCUAUUACCACCUGGCACAUUUACGGACUAUUUGCGACUUCUGCGACAAAAGCAUCCACGGGAGAAGCUGUCCUUGAAGCUUUUCCUGAAGGUGUGGGGUCAAAGCUUUGCUCAUCGACUGGGCAUAGGGCCACCAUCACAGCAUUCAACAUGCGGAAUUUGCAAGAAGCACAAGAUGCUGCUGGAGCGCAUAUCGAAUGAACGAGCACGCGCAGGGCAGAUGCAGGAGUAUGUCCGGCACUUGAAGCGGACUUACGCUGAUCGAGUCUGUUACUGGACAUCACCGGCCACGUCGUCAAGGGUGAUAUGCUCGAAGGAGUUUCAGACCUUCGCUCGGCCAGCCCUGGACAUGUCGACCAUCAUCACUCACGGUCACAAUUGCGUCAUUGCUGUCAGUGGCCCCCACUUGAAGAAGGACGCAUCGUGGGUGGUGGACCUAUUGUCCCAUGCGAUACACCGCUUGGCAGGGAAGUACAACGUCAGGGAAGCAGAAUUCAUUGUCCAAUCGGACAACUGUGGGAAGGAGACGAAGAACAAUGUUCUCCUCCAUUUUUGUGGCCUGAUGACAGCGCUCAAGAAGAUAUAUCGCAUUGAAAUGCGAUUCCUUCAAACGGCCCACACCCACGAGGAUGUGGAUCAAUACUUCUCUGCAGUAGCAACUCACAUUGAGUCUUGCCCCGAGCUGCACUUGCCUCGGGACUUCGUGGAUUGCUUGAAUCAGUUUGGGCGACAGGAUCCAUAUUCGAUGCAUGCAGCUGCGGACUACUUAGAAAGCAUGGCGGACCAGAGUGUUGAGCGCGCUCCUCCCUUGGAAGUGCACAGAUGUUUUGCUGCUCCUGGUCCAAGCGUUGGUCUUGGCACAGCUGGUGCACCUUUCAAGGGUCGGGACCUGGAAGCUGCGCCCAACCAGUUGAAGCUGCGCGCAGAGAGAAUGAAGAAGAUCGUGUUGGACCGUUACCGAGCGAAGAGGAAGUCUUUUUACAGAAACAAAGCUGUUGCCCAACUUUGGGCGAACGGUGUUGGCUUCGACGCAGCACUGUCCAUAGUUGGAGAAGCCUUUGAUGCUGUAACUUACGAGGCCUAA